AUCGCCCUGUCGGUGGUGGCUUAGGGCGGAGGAAAGGAAGGGGGAGGGUGGCCUCGGUUCCUUUCUCUUUCCUUUUUCUAUCCAUCCAUCCUCACAGAAAAUCUAGGGUUCUCAGAUUUCUCUCCGUGGAUCGGAGCUCGAACCUUCCGAUCCGAGGUUCCGUUGCCGGUGUCGGUUUGAGAUAGAUAAGAACUCGAGCAGAUGGACAACCUCUGGCAAUUGGGGAACGAGUUCAGAGGACAAUCAAAGCUGUCCGAGGACCAUCAAUGGUCUGUUAUCACCUCAAAACUGGCUGAGAUGACAAGGUCAGAUUUUGAUCGGAUGAACAAUGUGGACUAUUCAAGGAACACCUUUGAAGCAAAGUCUUAUGACAAGUUUGGGAUUCAGGAGGAUAACAAAUUUGAGAAUCUCAAUCUAAGUCUGAUGAAUCUGGAUCUCAAGAUGAAUGAGACUUCAUUCAAAAGCCCCCUCCACAGUGGUUUCAACAUGAACAGUGUUUAUAUGAAAGACAAUAUAAAUGAUGUUAACAGCUUCAAACUGAACACAGGAUUCAGUAAGUUUGCCAACAACACAAGCAACAAGGAGGUCAAUAACAAUGUCAUCAACAACACAAACAAUAACAAUAACAACAACAACACCAAUGGUAAUAACAGUAGCAACAACAACAAUGCUGUUGUUGACAAGCGGUUUAAAACGUUACCCGCCACUGAGAUGCUACCAAGGAAUGAAGUUCUUGGUGGUUAUAUCUUUGUUUGCAACAAUGACACCAUGCAGGAAGAUCUGAAGCGGCAGCUGUUUGGCUUGCCCCCAAGGUAUCGUGAUUCAGUUCGUUCUAUCACUCCUGGAUUACCUCUCUUUCUAUAUAAUUAUACUACACACCAGCUUCAUGGGAUAUUCGAGGCUGCUAGCUUUGGGGGUUCUAACAUUGAUCCAACAGCGUGGGAAGAUAAAAAGUGCAAAGGCGAGUCCAGGUUUCCUGCACAGGUGAGGAUCCGUGUAAGAAAACUUUGCAAGCCUUUAGAGGAGGAUGCAUUUAGGCCAGUUUUGCAUCAUUAUGAUGGUCCAAAGUUUCGCCUUGAACUCUCGGUCACAGAGACUCUUCAGCUUCUAGAUUUGUGUGAAAAAGAAAGCAUGUGAUGCAAUAUGGCUGAAGAAAAAUCCUGCUUGAGGCUGAGGAUUUUAAUAGUCGUAUACAUGUUUUGUGAGGCUUGGGUAAACUCGACCUUUUGUAUGUUGUGGUUCUAAUGGAAGCGCAAGCUUUUAUGGCCCUUAGUUUUUGUUGUCACUUCUACAAGAGACUUAUCGAGCUUUCCAAAAUUGAAAGCUUGUAUUUUUAAAGGUUUUUUUUCAUCUGAUACAAUUGUCUGUAAUUUACCCAAUGCUUGUUGGUAGAUUAUUCUAGUAAAUACAAAAAAAGAACUGAAGAAACUGCGUGGGAGGCAA